CAGAUCUUGUUAAUGUGAGAGGUCCAAUGGAUGGUCUGGCUGAGUCUGAGUUUAUUUAAAAAGAGGGGACAGUUCCUGCAACACAUAAAAAUGAAAAUUUCUCAUGAAAACUUGAUACACAAUCAGUCCCCAGAGUACAGGAAGGCCCUUCAGGAACUCAUCAAGUUUGAACUACAAGCAUUGGUUGAGCGUUUGUCGGCCACUGGAGAGGAGGCCCUUGUGUUAACAGCCAGUGUACAAGAUGGUUCAUCCACACAGUUUGGAUCGCACAGAGCAGAGUGCUUUCUGAGUAAACGCAGCUGUCUUGAACAGGAGUUCCUAAAUUUUUGUUCAGGGUUUUUAGAUGAAGUGGCAGCCAGUUCUGCUGAUGAACUGUGUCACUAUGGCGAUGAAUUGGAGGAAGAUGAAGCAAAAGAAGAACUGAACAGUUGCCCGUCAGAUGUUCCUAUACAGUUUUCCCCAUUGAGAACAAGGGAAAGAACAAACUCAUUGAGAAUCUCUUUCUCCGAAAACGAUGCUCAAGAGAACCUGGAUGAAGCCUCUCAGAAUUCAGACAUUUUUGCGACUGAGCGCAACAACUGUGCUUCUUCAGUGGCCAGUUUCCAUGAUGCAAGUGAAAAAGAUCCUAAGGAACAGUCUGGAGUGAAGAAGAAUCUGCAGUGUAGAGUAUGCUGUCGAAAUUUCCGGUCCUACAAAACUCUGGAGCAGCACACAAGGCUCCAUAUGGCAAAGUCUUACAAGUGCAGCUUCUGUGGCAAGAUUUUCUCCAUGAAAAAGAGUUACCUGAAGCAUGUUAAGAACCACAAACACCAAAGCUCAGACAAAAUAUUUGAAUGCAGAGUUUGCAAUCAGUCCUUUACAGACCUAAUGUCUUGGAAGAGACACAAAGAGUGUCACUGUGAGGUGCAAAAAUUCUCUUGUAACCUGUGUGGGAAAUCUUUUAAUGAGAAGUAUUCUUUGAGAGUUCAUCAAACCAGUCACUUCUUUUCAACACAGAAGCUAGACAAGAACUCUGAUACGACGGCUGGACAGUCAUGUAACACGUGCGGCAAACUGUCAAAAACAAAAGCAGCCAUGAGAAAUCACAUGCUUUCACACUCGGUGAAGAAAUUUUCCUGUGAAUAUUGUAAUAAACGUUUCAGUGUUCGGUACAGUUAUAUACGCCACAGGAGGAUUCAUACUGGGGAGAGACCUUACAAGUGUGUGGCCUGCACUCGUAGCUUCUCUGAUGGCAGUGCUUGGAGCAAGCACAUCAAAACACACACGGGAAUCAAACCGUAUUCAUGUGACCUCUGCUCCAAAUCAUUCUAUUACAAAGCUAACUGUAAAACUCACAUGAAGAAAGUUCAUAAUAUUCAGGGUAAGAAAGUUGUUACUGCCAUGACUGCCGCAGUUGCAAAGACAGAGAAAGACAAAAAACCUGAAUACAGUUUGUUAGUGAGUGGUAUUGAAAAUGAGUAUCAUGCUGCAAAAGAGUUUGAUGCUCCAUUGAAUUUUGCAAUUCCAACCGCUGAAGAUGAGAUAUUUGGGGGACAGUUGAAUCUUCAACUGGAUGAAAGUGACAAGGAAUCAGAGGUCUCUAACUUGCUUGGCUCUGCAUUUGGACAAGACAUCAUGUCAAGUACUGAAAAAGAUGAUUUCACAAACAUGGGUGAAAGUCAUGACAACAACUUUACAUCUACCUCUAUCAUGGAAAGUCUUGUCUUAGAUGAAAAGUUUCAGACUGAAUUCGUGGAAAGAAACCUUCCUGAUAGGGCCAUUGAAUCAGAUCAUGAUUUUAUUUCCGCUGAAUUUCCAGAGGAAUCAGAAAUUUUAGUAACGAAAUGGAAUCUAACAUUCAGGAACAAAAAGAUUUGAAGACAAACUC